AUGGUGCGGGCGUUCGUGCUGCUGGCGCCGGGCGGGCCCGCCCCCUGCCGCGUGCUGUACGCGCGCACCUUCGGGACCCCCCCCGGCGCCGCCCCCGGGGGGCCCCGGCAGCGCCUCCGCCGCAAGGAGCAGCUGCUGGUCGUGGCCAGGCAAGUGGCCUCCCAGUGCCAACUGCUUCAGGCGUCCUUGGGGCGCCCGUCCUCGCCACAGCUUCCCCAGCUACCCGAUGAGCAGGUGUCCCUCCAAGAUGCUCCAGGGGGUGUUUUCCAGAUGCCCCCCGGAGACCCAUUCCCUGAGCGGGUGACAGUAGUCUGGUUAUCGGUGCUGGCCCUCGCCUUCGCCUUGGUUUGUGAGCCCCAGGAGAAUCUGUCCUUGGCUGAGAUCACCCUGAGGCGCCUGGCUCCCCGCCUGCUGCUCUCCCUGCGCCUCCUCAGCCCCGGCGCUGACGUCCUGCUCCGACCUGAUGCCGCCGAUGGCCUCCUGGACCGUCUCCUGCCCCACGGGCAGAUGCUUUUCCUCAAUGAACGUUUCCUCCAGGCAAUGGACCGAGACCUGGGGCUCAAAGUGUCCCGCUGAGCCACAGAUGGCAUUCCUGCCUACCACCCCCAGAUAUUUUGAGGGAUGAGAGAAAAGGGAGGGAUCUGAGAUGGUCACCAAGCCCCAGUGGGAUGGAUGAGAAAAUUAGUUCCAGUAUAAAGAGCAAUGAGCCAGCUAAGAGGAGGGUUUUAAUCCAUUUUUUCCCUAACGCCAUCAUGGGAAUGCUAAUAGUCAUCCCCAUAAAUCCACCUGGAGCUGGGACAGUGCCAAGUUCCUGCACUGCGCUCCUGCACCACUCCACAUGCACAUGACAGCGAGUGGAGGCUGCAUGUGGCCAUGAAUGGACGCUAAAAGAGGGACCCUGGAUUGUGGUUAUCCCAGCUGGGCACUGUGGGGCAUG